UCUUUUCCACCGCAGCACCGGCGGGGUUUAAAUCUUGAGGGCUCGCCGCUCUCAAGGCUCGUCUGCGCCGCUCGGACGUCGACGAGGAGAGAGAGCAUGGCCAGCCUGCGGGGCUUGAGCUUGUGGGCGCUGCUGGCGGCGCUGGCGGCACCCGGGAGUGGCAUCCCGCACGGGGGGCUCCUCUUCCCCUUCGGCUCGGAGCGAGGCGACGCCGAGCUGGAGGCUGGGGACGACGCGCAUUCCCCGCCUCUGGAGCUCAGCACCGCGCUGCGCUUCUACGGCUCCAGCGUCGACUCCCUCUAUGUUCUUACUAAUGGCAUCAUUGCAGUAAGUGAGCCAUCAAGGGACGAAGAUAACCCUGGUCAGCUUCCAGUCAGUUUUGGAGGCAUUGCUCCCUUUUAUGCUGAUUUGGAUACUACAGGCGGACAUGGGAAAGUGUACUACAGGGAAGAUUCAUCCCCAGAUGUCCUCCAGCUUGCUGCUCAGUAUAUUAAAAGGGGCUUUCCAGAGUCUGCCUUUGAUCCAAGCAAUGUUGUCAUUGUUACCUGGGAUUCUGUGGCUCCUUAUGCAGGACCUGGAGAAGAUGUCGCUCUGCAAGUGAAGAGAAACACAUUCCAGGCUGUUUUAGCGUCUUCUGAUUCGAGUUCCUAUGCUGUUUUCCUUUAUCCAGAGGAUGGUUUGCAGUUCCAUAGUACACAUACUAAAAAUAAUAAGGAAAUUAUCCCUGCUGUUGUUGGCUUCAGUCAACCCUCUACAAAUUACUUCUUAUGGGUAAAACCUGGAAUAUACAAUAUAAUUGCUAAUGAAGAAGAGUUCAUUGGAAAUCUGCACAAGAGCAGCAAUAUGGGAAAACAAGGAGUCUGGGCAUUUGAGAUUGGUGGCUCAGAUAGUAUCCUGCCAGCCAAAGUCACUGAGACUGCUACCAGUGCAGAGUAUAGUGAUUAUGACCAGUUCCAAGAAGUGGCUACAGAACCGCCCAUAUCAGAGCAAGGUUCCAUUGAAAUAAACCAGCCGGAAGUAACUGAAGAUAUUUCUAGCAGAGGAGAUCAGCUGCACAUUAGCUACAACUUACCUCAGCCAGCAGAAGCAGAUGGCUUUCAGCCUCCUUAUCAAGCUUUAACAGAGCAUCCUCCAGCUGCGAAUCCAUUCCCAACAGGGAAAAGCCCACCUCUCCAGUUUCCAAACCAGCAGUUUCCCAGGCACCACACUCAGAUUAUUGAUGUAGAAGAAGAUGAUGAAACUGGAAUUGUGUUUCGUUACAGUACAGAUGUCCAGCAAAGCUGUGCAAACAACCGUCAUCAGUGUUCAGUUCAUGCUGUUUGCACAGACUAUCCAAAUGGCUUUUGUUGCAGUUGUAGUGCUGGCUACAAAGGAAAUGGCAGGCAGUGCGUAGCAGAAGGUUCUCCUCAGCGAGUCAAUGGAAAAGUCAAAGGACGGAUCUUCGUGGGAAACAAUCCAGUCCCAAUUGUAUUUGAAAACACUGACCUCCACUCUUACGUCGUGAUGAACCAUGGACGGGCGUACACUGCCAUCAGCACAAUUCCAGAAGCUUUGGGUUUCUCCUUGCUUCCUCUUGCCUCUAUCGGAGGUAUCAUUGGGUGGAUGUUUGCUGUGGAGCAACAAGGAUAUAAAAAUGGAUUCAGCAUUACUGGUGGUGAGUUUACAAGACAAGCUGAAGUUACAUUCCUCAACAACAAUGAAAGGGUGACCAUUAAACAGAAAUUCAGUGGAAUUGAUGAACAUGGACAUCUUACAAUCAGCACAGAACUUGAAGGCAAAGUGCCUGAGAUCCCAUUUGGUUCUUCAGUUCAUAUAGAGCCCUACACUGAGCUCUAUCACUCUUCUAGCUCAGUUAUCACAUCGUCAUCUACUAGAGAGUAUACAGUGACAGAACCAGAAAGGGAUGGGGUGUCUCCAUCUUACACAGUUCCAUACCAAUGGCGGCAGACAAUCACAUUUGAGGAGUGCAUUCAUGAUGACUCUCACCAUCCCGUUUCAGCAACUCAGCAGCUGUCAGUGGACAGUGUCUUUGUCUUGUAUAACAGAGAUGAACAAAUUUUACGAUAUGCCAUGAGCAAUUCGAUUGGUCCAAUUGAUGGUACAGGUGAUAAAAGCCACAAUCCCUGCUACACAGGGACCCACCAAUGUGACACAAAUGCAGUUUGUCGUCCAGGAACAGGCAAUCAGUUCACCUGUGAAUGCUCUGUGGGCUUCCGAGGAAACGGACGUACAUGUUAUGAUAUAGAUGAAUGUCAGGAGCAACCAACAGUGUGCGGUGACAAUGCAGACUGUAUUAAUCAGCCAGGGACUUUCCGAUGUGAGUGUCUAGAGGGAUAUCAAUUCUCAGCUGAUGGGCGAACGUGUGUGGCUAUUGAACGUGUCGUCAAUCAUUGUGUGACGGGAACACACACUUGUGACAUCCCACAGCGUGCCCGCUGCAUAUACUCUGGUGGCUCUUCUUAUAUCUGUGCAUGUCUACCAGGCUUCUCUGGGGAUGGACGUUCCUGCGAGGAUGAAGAUGAAUGUAAGCUGAGCCGCUGUCAUCCGGAUGCUUAUUGCUAUAACACACAAGGGUCCUUCAGCUGCCAGUGUAAGGCAGGUUAUCGUGGGGAUGGUUUCCAGUGUGUGACAGGAGAACAAGAAAAGACAAAAUGUCAGCGUGAACAAGAACAAAGUGUGGCUUUUGGUCCAAGAGGAGCCAGGCCAGUUGGCUUCUUUGUUCCUCAGUGUGAUGUCUAUGGGAAUUAUUUGCCAACUCAAUGCCACUCCAGCACUGGAUAUUGCUGGUGUGUAGACAGAGAUGGGAAUGAGAUUGAUGGUACCAGAAGUGGUCCAGGGAUUCGACCUCCAUGUCUGGGCACAGUUGCUCCUCCUGUUACAGUUGGACCCUCUGUAAAACCAGAUACCAUUCCUCUGCCUCCAGGAACACACUUACUCAUUGCUCAGAGUGGAAAGAUUGACCAUGUCCCCCUGGAUGGGAAUGACAUGAGGAAAUCAGAUGCAAAAGCUUUGCUGUAUGUGCCAGAUAAAGUUGUUAUUGGAGUCGCUUACGACUGCUUGGAGAAGAUGGUUUAUUGGACAGACAUAAGCAGCCCAUCUAUCAGCAGAGCAAGCCUGGGUGGAGGAGAGCCAGUAUCCAUUAUAAAAACAGAUUUGGAAAGCCCUGAAGGAAUAGCACUGGAUCACCUUGGGCGCACCAUCUUCUGGACAGAUUCUCAGCUCGAUAGGAUAGAGGUAGCAAAGUUAGAUGGUAGCCAGCGCCGAGUGCUGUUUGACACUGACCUUGUGAACCCCAGAGCCAUCGUAGCAGAUCCUAUGAGAGGAAAUCUUUACUGGACAGACUGGAACAGAGAGGCUCCGAAAAUCGAAGCCUCAUACAUGGAUGGCACAAACAGAAGGAUUCUUGUUAAAGAAGAUUUGGGGCUACCAAAUGGGCUGACAUUUGACACUUACUCUUCAUUGCUGUGCUGGGUAGAUGCAGGCACCAAAAGGGUUGAAUGUAUGGAUCCCAAUCAACUCGGUCGGCGAAAAAUCCUCGAAGGAAUCCAGUAUCCGUUCAGCAUUACAAGCUAUGGGAAGAAUUUGUUUUACACAGACUGGAGAAGAGAUGCUGUGGUAACAGUUGACCGUACCACCUCACAGGAGACUGACAACUUCCAGCCUCAUAAACGCACUCGUCUUUAUGGAAUAACUACAGCCUUGGCUCAGUGUCCGCAAGGACAUAACUAUUGUUCGGUGAACAAUGGCGGUUGUACUCAUUUAUGCCUGGCUACUCCCGGGGGCCGUUCUUGCCGAUGUCCAGACAAUACCAUUGGAGUGGAUUGCAUAGAAAGAAACUGAGAGAUGCAGCCUGAAAUGCAUUGAGGCAGCUGCCACCUUUUGGAAAUAUACUGUCAACAACUAGUUAAAAGGCCAGUUACAUUCAAGUAAAGAUCCUAACGAUACGAUCUCCAUGCUGCCUGCAGCUAGAAACUACAAAGCACACAUGUUAUAACAACAGUGGCUACAUUAUGGAAUGCUGCCAUAUCUUUGCAACCUCCCCCCCCCCCCACUUUUUUUUUUUUUUAAAGACAAGCCUAGUGAUCAGCACUUGUUAGGUAGAAUCUCUUAGUCCUAUAGUUGUAAAGCUGUAGUAUGGGGUGUUCAAAAGCACAAGAGGUCAGGAUCUCAAACACCCAUGAUCACUUGGCAUGUAAGAGUAUUCUGACCAUAUAUUUACAAAUUAGCUUUCAAUAGGUCGCCCUUAGUGCAGCUGACUUGUAAGCACCUAAAUAUUAGGGCAGAAAAGCCCAGGAAUGAGUAGGUUGAAGUGGUUGAAAUAAGGGAGAUAUUUGCAAUAAGAACCAACAACUGAAGUGAAGGGGAUCCCAUAUUAAGUAGGCUUUUAUUCCUCCUCCCCUACUGAUUUUAAGCACUGUCAAUACAGUGUGCAGGAUUCACUUAAUGCCUUCCAUCAGUGGAAGCCCUUCACAAGGGCUUCCACAUGUGCAACAGGGGUCCACCCUGCUUCAUCUGUGAACGCUACACAUGUCCCUGAAAUAGGCUUUUUUGAGGGAUUUGGGCGAACCCCCAUAACAACACCCUGAGGGAGGGAAGGGUGGGUUGUACAGAUGAAACGCUUGCUAUGCAACAUUGAAUUCCACCCAGUAUUUUCAUUAUGCUUCACAAAAUAGAAACAAAGCAAUUUAGUACUAGAAAUCGUUUGCUAGUCUGUCUCGAUAUCACUUUAGUGGUUAUUCAGCUUUUCACUGUAUAUGUGACUUACUGACCACUUAUACUGGCCGUGUUCCUCUGAUUUCAAGAGGACACCAUUAGGGUAAAAUGCCACUGAAUGCCUCUGCCCAUUUUGAAUGGGCUUCUACAAAACAGCAUGAAUUUAAACUAAGGAAUGUGAUGUUUCAGAUAGAUCCUGUCAAAUAUUUUUCAUUUGCUUU